GCCAACGGGUGUUUUGGGCCGUUAUAGCUGCCGGCGGGGUAACGGCUCCGUCGGUCUUCAGAGACUGUCUUCGCGUGCGGUCGUCUGUUCCCGCCGGCCGGCGAUGGAGCAGCAGCCGCUCGAGGAGCCGGCCGUGGCCGCCGCCAAGCCCGCGGACCUCGGGGAGGCGAGCGGGACCAGCGUGUCGACCCAGCUCCCCGGUCCCCAGGAAGCCGGCGGCGAGAACCGCAUUUCCCUGCUGCUCAGGCUGAGAGCACAGACAAAGCAACAACUUUUAGAGUAUAAGUCCAUGCUUGAUGCAAAUGAAGAAAAAACUCCUGAACAAGUCAUACAAGAAAAGGAAAUAGAACGUAAAAUCGAAGAGCUGGAAAAUGAAAUUCAAGAAGCAAAAGUUGCUUUUGAAAUAAAAUGUCUUACCUUGGGCAGGAUGCAACUUUCAAAUGCACUUAAAAAAAACCUGGAGAAAGAGGACACCAAGGAUAGUGUGUUCACAGAUGACAUGAAGCACAUAUUAAAGCUAAGCAAAUUAAUAAUGAAAUCACAACAGGAAUCUUGGGAAUUAGAGGCAAAACUGAUUGGAAUUAGAAAGAAGAGAUUACAACUGAAACAAGCUUCAGAAAAGAAGCUUUUAGAAAUACAGACUGAACAUGACAAACAGCAAAAGGAUCUGGACAGUAUGGAGAAGUUGGAGAAGAUAAUGACUAUGCAACAAACUUUAACCAAAGAGAUAGAGAUUACCACUGUUAUUCAAAAUGUAUUUCAGAGCCUCAUUGUGGGGAGUAAAGCCAACUGGGCCAAGGACUCUAACCUCAGGAAACUCAUUCUGCAGUUUGAGAAGAAUCUUACCAUGAUGUAAUAAGAAUUCUAUUUUUGGUAUUUUUUGUCUUUGUAUAUCAUUUAGCAAAUUUCAAGUGAAAUGUAUGUUGUAUUUUUAGCAUAUUAUAAUACUUAGUGUAAUAGAGUGUAAUCUGUUGUUUUAGUAUAGCAAUAAAAGUGACUGGCAUUAAUCUA